GUGCCGGCUCGCGCUGCCGUAGUCACCGGCGCCCGAGUUCUCUCUCGACACGGGACACAUCUGGAUGAGGAUAUCUUUUCAAUGUUCAUUACCUAUCAUCCGCACGCAACGGUACCCUACUACUAUGCUGUCUAUCGAGCCUUCAAGAAUCCCGAGUGUGUCAUGUCAGUGGCGGAACGCGACAGUCUGCGAAGUCAAUCCUCUCUUCACCUUUUGCCGCCGCAACAUGCCAAGAGGACUAAGAAGGUUGCCUGGGCGGUUUCUGACAACCAACCGCGGAAUAACCGCACUCUUCUUGGCGAAGCAAUUGCCAAACACAUUGAGGUGAGGACCUAG